CAUCAGUCAUUACAAGCUUAACGGAGGACUGUUGCUGGAUGAAGUACCUCGGUAAAGCAUCUACAAGAACCUAACUUUGCUAUGCCCGCUGUUGGCGACCAGCACCGGGGCGGCCCAGCUACCAUCACGAUGCCCAAUUCAAGUGGGAGUCUCUCCGCCAACCCAUUUGAAGAACCACAACGACGUAUCAGCGAAUACACCGCGCAGGAGAUCGCGACCUUGCAAGCACGUCUCGACAAGAAAUUGGGGCCCGAAUAUAUCUCGUCAAGGCCUGGUGCUGCGGGACAGCGCGUACAUUAUCUCUCGGCUGACAAAUGUAUCAAUCUUGCGAAUGAGGUCUUCGGGUUCAACGGAUGGUCGAGCUCGAUUCAGAACAUUCAGAUCGACUUUGUUGAAGAGAGUCAAAACACUGGUAAAAUCAGCCUGGGUCUCUCCGUAAUAGUGAGAGUCACCUUGAAAGAUGGCACUUAUCAUGAGGACAUCGGGUACGGCCACAUCGAGAAUUGCAAGGGCAAGGCAGCUGCCUUCGAAAAGGCAAAGAAAGAAGGCACCACAGAUGCGCUCAAGCGUGCGCUACGAAACUUCGGCAAUGUCCUGGGCAACUGUAUCUACGACAAGGACUAUGUGUCAAAAGUCACCAAAGUGAAAGCCGCGCCGGCCAGAUGGGAUGUCGAUGAGCUACAUCGACAUCCAGAUUUUGUUCCUAUCAAGAAAGAACCCGUGCAACCCAAACCAUCACCAGAGGACGAUGAUCUGCCGCCGCGUCCAACGGCUGUCGCAAAGCGGCCCAACUUCGAUGAUUCAAUGGCCUUCGACGGCGACGGCGAAUUUGGAAGCGAUCUGUUUGACGAAGCUGAUUUCGGCGUCACCGAAACGGGCAAUCCAGACGAGGUUGUGCUAGGACCAGAAUCACAGCGGGCACAGCAACCACCCACUCCACUCAACACUCAUCAGCGACCUUUUCACAACAACAAUAACAACUACCGGGGACCCAUCAGACCUAACUCGGCGAUGGUAACGCCAUCCAAGCCCCCAGCCCCCAGACAGUAUCCUGCUCCACAGCCGUUCAACGGACGCCCCAAUCCCCCCGCAACUGGCGACCAACAGAGGCCCAUGCCACCUACAGGGCCCCGACCAAACUUUCAGAAUGGCAGAAUGAUUCCCCCUCCAUCCGUGCCUACAGCAGCAUCACCCGCACCGGUAACAGCAACAGCAGCCGGGCCCGCAGGUGGUAACAACGGCCCGAUGUCCGUCCCCAUCAAACGUGAACCCGGCGCCCCAUCGACAACAAGAAUGACGGCAGGUAUCCCCGAAUCCCUUCCGCCGGGGACCCCCUCCGCCUCGUUCUUCUCCGCGCGCGCCGUCGAUCUCCUCCGAGACAACCCGCACGGCGGGGUCCCCGCCGCGGCGCCGGCCUUCGACCCGCACGCGGAGAGUCCAUCCAUCCGCAAGACCGCCGGCUUCGACCACAGCACCAGCAAACCCAUCUCCAAACCCAUGCUAUCCGGAGGCAACAACAACGCAUCGCCCGCGGCCGGUGGCAACCCCGCCGCGGCGGCGCGGGACUUCAUCAACCCUUCGCAGGACAUGCACCGGAAGAUCGGGGCCCCCGGGAGCAACAACGUCGGCAGCCCCAUGAUGAAUCGAGGCCCGUCGACGACGUCUUCCUAUCGACCCUUGACCCGUCCGAACCUCGAUCCCCGGAAUGGGACCGCCGCACCGCCGAACCGUCCACCACUGCCCGGCGGCGGCGGGCCUGUGGCUCAUCAGAAUGCCAAUGGGAAACGGCCUCCCUUGUCGGAUAUGACGAAUGCUCAGGCCUCGGGCGGCAGCGGGUCUGCUCCGGGAGGAGCUGGGGUCAUGGAUCCGAAAAGACCGCGGAUGAACCAAAGUGGAAUGCCUCAGGUUCCACCCCAGCAGCAGCAGCAGCAGCAGCAGCAGCAGCAACCUCAGCAACCGCCACAGCAACAUCAUCAGCAGUAACGGUAGCAAUGGUCUUUUCUCUAUGUACUCUAUUAUAGAUAGAGGGCGAAUUCUAUCAACGGCACGCGAUCAUUACUCGGACUGGGCAAAUUUUAUGGAUUAUUGGCGUUACAGGGAAUGGGAAUGAUCACAGGAAUCAAAUGAACUGGUUUGCUCAAUGGAAUCUGCUCACUGGCCAGUUUGCUUUGGAUUUACAAAGAAAAUACUUUUCU